CUUGACACCUCCAACCACGAACUUCCAUCAAUCAACUCUCAAGUCCACGUCAGCCCCAAGUCCUCUCAGGGGUCCCUUGUCCGCACACACCCAAACCAAAAAUAAUAUGCUGUUAAUUUGUCACCAGUCCUUCUUAAGUAGCAACAUGGCCUCCCGCUGCUGCUGCCGCGGUCUUCGGCCCAAUUGCACUCCAUGACAGCCUUCCGUCCUGCACGUCGCCCCCCCGGACGAUUGACCUGGAUCGGCCCAAUCCUGGGCCUCCUCGUCCUCCUCUUCCUCUACACCUGUCGCCACCAUACGCCAAUUCCGCGUCCGAUCACCCACCACUCCAAUGGCCCCUCCAAUUGUCCAGAUCUCCCAGCCCUCAAGGACAUCCUAGUUGUCCUCAAAACGGGCGUGACCGAGGCGCGCGAGAAAGUCCCCAUUCACCUCGAAACCACUCUCCGCUGCAUCCCAAACUACAUCAUCUGGUCCGACUACGACGAAAAGAUCAACGGCGUCCAGGUCCACGAUGUCCUCCGCAGCGUCUCCGACGACAUCAAGCAAACCAACCCCGACUUCGACAUCUACAAUCGCGUCCAGCAAAAUGGCAGAAAAGCCCUUACAACCGCCGACCUGAACCCGGACGUCAACUCCGCCAUCGGAAAACCCAACAACCCAGGCUGGAAACUGGAUAAGUGGAAGUUCCUUCCCAUGAUCGAGGAGACGUUAAAAGCGCACGACAACGCGAACUGGUACGUCUUCAUGGAGGCUGAUACGUAUUUCUUCUGGCCGAAUUUGAUUGCCUGGUUGGAGAAGCUGGAGUACCAAGAGCCGCAUUAUCUGGGGAAUCAGAUGCAGAUCGCCGACGUGGUCUUUGCGCAUGGAGGGUCGGGGUUUGUGCUUUCGGCGCCGGCAAUGCGGGCCGCGGUUACGUUGAGGGAGCGGGAUGUGAAAGCGUGGGAUCGCUACACGGGAGAGCAUUGGGCCGGGGAUUGCGUUUUGGGGAAGCUAUUGGCGGAUGCGCACGUAGGAAUGCUCUGGUCGUGGCCCGUGCUAAAUUCGGGACAGCCGGCGGAUAUUGACUUUUUCUCCGAGGGGUAUCUGAAGAAACCCUGGUGUUAUGCGCCGAUUGCAUAUCACCAUCUGCAGCCCGAGCAGAUUCGCGAGCUUUGGGAGUUUGAGCGGGCUUGGGCCCGGGAUGGGAAUAAAGAGAUGAUUGUGUAUCGGGAUGUUUUUCGGCAUAUUGUGCGGCCGAAGUUGGGUGGGACGGUGACCAAUUGGAAUAAUCGGCUUGGUGAGGCGCCGGGUAAAUCGAGUAUCAGCUUGGUGGAGUGCCGGGUGCUCUGCUAUAGUGAUACUAAAUGUGUACAGUUUAGCUAUGCAGAUGGGAGGUGUUGGACCUCCAAUGUGGCUGUGUGGGGAACUCAGAAGGAUGGAGUCUCUUCCGGCUGGAUCACAGAAAGAGUUGAUGCCCUAAUUGAAAGUAUGGGCGCCUGUCCUCAUGCAAAGUGGAUUGUUUGAAUGUGUUGUCAUGGCCCCAUGUCUUUCUCUUCCAUGUAUAAUUGAUGUCUUAUGAACGUGUUGUCUACGAUUGACCACUGUCGCACAGAGACCCGCAAGGGACCUCCACCCCCCUCUGAUCGUCCUCCGCCCAUUAGUAGACUCGAUCAACUUCUCACAUCCCCCUAUAACCCAAGUCCACUUUCGUAGGCAUUGCGGUAUCUCUUCCCAACUGUAUGAAUGACUGACUCCCACAGUAUUGACCCCUUCUUCGAAGGUUAGUGGAUUUAAGUAACGGUGAAGCGAAG